GCGCAGGCGCAGUGGAGAGGCCGCGUGGGGGAGGAAGGCGGCGCUGGGCCAGGGAGGCCCGCCGCGGGAUAUUCCGGGGCAGCGAGAGCGGUUGUGAUUCAUCCUCUAAACCUGGAGGGCAAUACUUGGUGCUGACCGGGAAGUGGCACGGAAAGCCAUCUCUGGCACCAGAGUCUUCUGAAUAGCUGGCUUCUGAGAUUUGCCAUGGCUUUCUUUGCUGGGCUCCGGGGCCCCUUCACCCAUGCAGGCAGAGCCCUCAGCCAACGCAGUUUCAGCACCACCGGGAGCCUUGAUGCCAUUCAGAAGAUGACACGCGUGCGCGUGGUGGACAACAGUGCCCUGGGGAACACCCCAUACCAUCGCCCGCCUCGUUGCAUCCACGUCUAUAACAAGAAUGGGGUGGGCAAGGUGGGUGACCAGAUACUGCUGGCCAUCAAGGGGCAGAAGAAAAAGGCACUCAUUGUGGGGCAUCGCAUGCCUGGUCCCCGGAUGAGCCCCAGGUUUGACUCUAACAAUGUGGUCCUAAUUGAGGACAAUGGGAACCCUGUGGGGACCCGAAUUAAGACACCCAUCCCCACCAGCCUACGCCAGAGGGAAGGUGAAUUUUCCAAAGUGCUGGCCAUUGCUCAGAACUUUGUGUGAGCCGUGGCCAGGCCACUGGCUGCUGUGGGACUCAUGGGAGGGAACUCGGGGCCCCAUGCUAAGGAACAGUGUCCUGUGAAAAAAUAAACUUUUUCAUGUAUGUUCCUU